CCGACAGCAGCGCGCAUGCUCGCUCGCUCCCCCCGCCCCGCGCCCCUUCGGGUCUCCUCGGAGCGGAGCCGCGGAGGCGCUCAGAGUUGGAGGAGGACCGGCGGAGCUGGACUGGCGGGAGUGGAGGCCGUUUUCCCGCCGUUUCCUGUCGUCCUGGAUGGAGCUGAGGAGCGGCUGAGUGACGGAGGGACCAUGGGCGCGCUCUGCUGCCUUCUGGCGCUCGUGCUCCUUUUCCCCCGCGCGGCUCCCGCCCGCUGCCCCCGGCCGUGCACGUGCCCCCAGCUGGAGGAGUUGCACUGCACCUUCCGGUCGCUGCUGUCCGUCCCGGGGGGGCUGCCGGUGGAGCUGCGGCGCAUCAACCUGGGGUUCAACAGACUGAGCGGGAUCCCAGACGGGUCUGUGGGCGGUCUGAGGCAGCUGGAGCUGCUGAUGCUUCAUGGGAACAACAUCCGCUCUGUGUCUGACGGUGCCUUCAGGGACCUCGGGGCUCUGCAGAUGCUGAAGAUGAGCUACAACGAGCUGCAGGAGUUGCGCAGGAACACCCUCCAGGGUCUGCGCUCGUUGGCGCGGCUGCACCUGGACCACAACCGGCUGGAGUUCAUCCACCCGCAGGCCUUUCAGGGCCUCACCUCCCUGAAGCUGCUGCAGCUGGAGGCCAACCGCCUGCAGCAGCUGCACCCGGACACCUUCUGCACCUUCACCGCCAGGGGCCUCCUCCACGUCUCCACCCUGCGACACCUCUACCUGUCCGAAAACGGACUCAGGUCCCUGCCGGCGCGGCUGCUGGACACCAUGCCACAGCUGGAGAACCUGUACCUCCACGGGAACCCGUGGACCUGUGACUGUAGCAUGAGGUGGUUCCAGGACUGGAAAAGUACCUUUCCAGGGAUCCUGAAAUGCAAGAAGGUCCCUCCAAGCAGCCGUCUGUGCCCCAUCUGCUCCUCCCCCAGGCAUCUUCACGGCACGGAGCUCCACGCCGCAGAGAACCUGGUCUGCAGCGUCCCCGUCAUCAGCUUGGACUCUACCGAAGACCCUCCCCAAGGCGCCAACACUGAACGUCUGAGCAUAGAGGACUUCAGGGACCCUGUGGGGAAUGCCUCUCUGGAGCUGCAGGACGAACACAGAAACAAGGUGGACCUGGAGUGCAGGGUGGGCCCGCCACGGGACCUGGCAGAGACCACCUGGCAGCAGGUGACCCCGCUGCAGCUGUCCGUCAACAUCAGCUUCUCCGUGGAUCUGAAGUGUCCAGUGGGGUCAGGGAAGUACGAGCAGCUGUGGAGGCUGAUUGCGUACUACAGCAGAGCUCCAGCUCACCUGGACCGAGGAGCUGUCCUGAACGGGGGCGGCCCCCCUGCCUACGCUUACACCCAGAACCCCGCCACAGACGCGCUGUACUACACCGGCCUGAGGGUCAGCAUGGCCACCGGGCCGGCGUGGCUGAUGCAGCCAUCACUGGACCUGCAACUGGACCGAGCCCAGUCAUCCCAGAACACGGUCUGGCUGGUCCUGAAAACCCGACUGUCAGAGACGCUGGACCUUCAGCUGCUGCCCCGCCAGAGGAGACCCUGGGUCUUGAUCUGGUCCACAAACACCUCACAGGAAGUUCACAGCGCUGUGUUGGGGAGUGCCAGUCAGAUGACCUGUAGCACCCACAGCUCGGAACCAGCAGGUGUCCGGUGGAUACUGCCGGACGGCUCCAUCAUGGAAGCACCGGGUCCAGACAGGCGGGUCUCUGUGACCCAGGACGGACGUCUGCUCAUCGGAGCAGUGACGCAUGUUGACACGGGAGCGUACUACUGCAUCGCCAAAGUCAACGGAGACUUUGCCGUCCACCCUUUUUAUCUGGCAGUGUUCGAGUCCUCCGGUGCCCCCCCAGGGGGGGAUGGACCCAUGGUUUCCACGGAGACCCCUACGGGAAGCCCCAUCUCCUUGAAUUGUUCAGCGUCUGGCUCCCCUGAACCUGACGUCAGCUGGAUUCUACCCGACAACAGCAUAGUUGGCCUCCGAACCAACUCCUCCAGAGCUCAGGUGUUCUCCAACGGGACUCUGGUGAUUCAGAAGGUCCAGGCCUCAGACGCCGGCUACUACAGGUGUGUCGCCAUGAACAACCAAGGCACGGACACAGCAGCUUCAAAGGUCAUCGUGCUCAAGCGCAGAGGACCGAUGGGACCCUCGAGGAAGCCUCAGACAGGCCCUCAGCCUGCUGCAGGGGUCAGCACUCGGGUGGAUGUCCUCGCUGGAGAAGCAGAGGAGGCGUCAGGAGCUCCUCAGAUGGAGGAACCAACAAGCCGUCCCCAUGCGGUUAGAAAAAUCCCAGCAGAAGCUCUGGUUCUAGGCAGGAAGAGGCACCCGCACAGGAACGCCAGGAAGAACCACUCAGUACUACGGAAUCCAAGUGGACCCAUGGACCACAAAGUCCUGGUUGAGAGAAGAACAACAAAUGUGACGAAUAACAGAAUAGAUCCUGGAAAGUGGGCGAGCAUUUUAGCUAAAAUUAGGGACCGAAAUAAAACAUUGUCACUUCUUGUUCAGAAUCAGUCCGAGAGCCGCACAAGUCUAGACCAGAGAGUCCCCAUGUCUGUCCUGAAAGAACAACCAGACACCACCAAACACACCAGUUCAGACCAGAGAGUCCUGAAGGAACAACCAGAGACCACCAAACACACAGGUCCCGACCAGAGAGUCCUGAAGGAACAACCAGAGACCACCAAACACACCAGUCCAGACCAGAGAGUCCUUAAGGAACAACCAGAGACCACCAAACACACAGGUCCCGACCAGAGAGUCCUGAAGGAACAACCAGAGACCGCCAAACACACCAGUUCAGACCAGAGAGUCCUGAAGGAACAACCAGAGACCACCAAACACACCAGUCCAGACCAGAGAGUCCUUAAGGAACAACCAGAGACCACCAAACACACCAGUCCAGACCAGAGAGUCCUGAAGGAACAACCAGAGACCACCAAACACAAGAGUCCAGACCAGAAAGUCCUGAAGGAACAACCAGAGACCACCAAACACAAGAGUCCAGACCAGAGAGUCCUGAAGGAACAACCAGAGACCACCAAACACACCAGUCCAGACCAGAGAGUCCUGAAGGAACAACCAGAGACCACCAAACACAAGAGUCCAGACCAGAAAGUCCUGAAGGAACAACCAGAGACCACCAAACACAAGAGUCCAGACCAGAAAGUUCUGAAGGAACAACCAGAGACCACCAAACACACCAGUCCAGACCAGAGAGUCCUGAAGGAACAACCAGAGACCACCAAACACACCAGUCCAGACCAGAGAGUCCUGAAGGAACAACCAGAGACCACCAAACACAAGAGUCCAGACCAGAAAGUCCUGAAGGAACAACCAGAGACCACCAAACACACCAGUCCAGACCAGAGAGUCCUGAAGGAACAACCAGAGACCACCAAACACAAGAGUCCAGACCAAGUGGUGACCCCCUUCCCUAAUACAGACCAGCCCCCCAACACUGCAUUGCUGCCUGUUCCAGUGCAGUCCUUCACCCUCAGCCUGACAUGGAACCAUGAGCUAACCACAGGCGGAGGAGUUCUCCACCCACUCACCACCACCGCUCUAGUCCACACCUCCACGCCCCGGUGGAGCAGCACAAACCCCCCCAACAGCAGGACCCCCUCUCCUCCAAACACCAGACCUGGCAAAGGUAACCCUGAUGGAUCAGCCACCAGGCCUGGAAACUUGCAGGUCACUGAGACCCAGUCCCAGGUUCCAGACCUGUCCCUGUCUGGAUUCAUGCAGACAUCAGUGGCCCCCACCCCUAAACCCCUCCCUCCCACCAGACAGUCCCGGACACGCCCACGCAAACCUGCCUCCAGGAGAAGGAACAGCGGGCGGAGGAAGAGACCCAACAGAAGGAAACACACUGCUGUGAAGGCUCCUCCCACAAGCGGGACCCCUGCCCCCACAAACAGAGAGCAAUCAGAAGUAGCCCCCACCACCACCGUUGUUCAAUUCAGCGAUGGCCAAACGCCGUCCUUCAGCGAGGUGAGUCAUGAUCCUGAUCCAAGAACCUCCUCAACACUAGCCUAUUCAUAUGACGUGGAGGACAGCCUCCUGCUGGCCACGCCCCCUCUCCAACCCCCCUCAGCAGCCACGCCCUCUCUGAGAUCGGCUCAUGACAACCCGCCAGCCACAACCGAGAGUCCGUCGUUCCCAUCGUCUCCACUGAGUUCCUCCCAGCUUCCAGGCACGCCGCAGGAACCAGUCCCUGCAGACCCUCUGCUGGACCCUGAGAGCUCCGUGGGGGGGUCACUGCUGGUGAUCCGGACCUCAGCAGAGAACCCUGAGACCACAGCGCCACCUGCAGGAUCUGCAAACACCCCCUCUGCUCCAGAAGAAGCUGUAGUCAAAAUGUCCACAGCAUCCUCUGAUGCCCCGUCCCGGCCCGACCCAGUCCAACCUUCCAGAACCACACCGUACAGCCCUGCCCCCACCCCGUCUGCUACCAGAGACAGCCCCACCCUUGCACAGUUAAAACCACCACAGUCUGAGCUGCCCACAGAAACGCUGUCACUCAGCCCCCAGACCCAGUCCUGGGACAGCCGGUGGGCUGGACCCACUCCAGGAGGGAAGCCCUGGACCCCCCCGGGCCGCCUCCAGACCGUCAGCGUGAACGCAGAAGCAGAUGCUCAGCUUCCCUGUGGGGGCCUGGCCGCGCUCUCACCGUCAUGGACCAGAGCUGCUACCGGACAAAGGUUCACCCAGGGCAGCGGGACGCGGAGGUUUGAAGUCCACCCCAAUGGCACACUGACCAUCAGGAAGACCCAGAUGACGGACAGCGGUCAGUACUUCUGCACAGUUCAGAACCAGCACGGUUUGAAGGAGGAGGCGGCGGUGAACUUUGUGGUCCAGCCCCCGUUGGCGACUCGGCACAGAGAUGUUUCCGUGCGGUUUGGUGGCACCGUGGAUCUGGAGUGUGAAGUGGAGGAGCGUCCUGAGUCUCUGGUUCUGUGGGUCCUCCCCAGUCAGGCGCGCUUGGCUGCAGGUUCAGAGGCAUCCCAGCGACGUGUAGCCGUCCAUAAGGACGGCACCCUCCAAAUACAACAGGUGGAUCUCUCAGACAGAGGCAUGUACAGGUGUGUCACUGAAGCCGGGCUCAGUGCCGUCUCUGUGCACCUAAACGUCCUAGCAGAACCGCCCGUCAUCCAGCAGGUGCAGUACGAGAACCAGACUCUGGCGGAGGGCAGCUCCACCUUCAUCCACUGCACCGCCACAGGUGUGCCUCAACCAGUCAUUCACUGGAUCACACCAGAUGGUGUCAGGUUUACCGCCAUACAGCUGCUGACCCGACCAGACCUCCUCAUCUUCCCCAACGGGACCCUCUAUCUUCCCAAACUGGGACCGCAAAGCUCUGGUAUCUACAAGUGUUACGCCAGCAACGCUCUGGCAUCCAGCUGGAGGACUGUGACCGUGAACGUGAAGAGGAACCAAGCGCUGGCCAAGGCCACCAUUACAACCUCCUCCCCCCAGAGGACAGACUGGGCUUACGGAGGUCGACUGCUGCUGGACUGCGUGGCGGCAGGACAUCCAGAGCCCCGGAUUCUCUGGAGGACUCCCUCUAAGAAGCUUGUGGAUGCUCAGUACAGUUUUGACCCUCGGAUCAGAGUCUUCCCCAACGGCACAAUCGCUGUCCAGUCUGUGACUGAGAGGGACGCCGGGGACUACCUGUGCUUGGCCCGGAACAAGAUGGGCGAUGACUACGUCCAGCUGCGGGUCAACGUGCUGAUGCGACCGGCUAAGAUAGAGCAGAAGCAACCAAGAUCCCAGCAGGAGGUGGUGUACGGUGGAGACCUGACGGUGGACUGUGUGGCCUCAGGGCUCCCUCCUCCCCAGAUCAGCUGGGCACUGCCGGAUGGCACCAUGGUCAACCCGGGCUUGUCGAAAGAUGCCGCUAGAUCAGGACAGAGUCGCAGGUAUGGGGUGUUUGAGAAUGGGACCCUUUACCUCAACCACGUGAGCCCACAUGAAGAAGGCAUCUACACCUGCUAUGUAGAGAACCUACUUGGCAAAGACGAGGUGAAGGUCAGGGUGAGGGUCACCAAUGGAGCUUCACCGCCACGAAUCCAGGACAAAGGCUCAAACACUGCCAGAGUCCUCUAUGGGGAAACAGCUACACUUGGGUGCAUCGCCAAUGGGAACCCAGUACCCACCAUCACCUGGUGGUCUCCAUCCAACAGAGUGAUCCAACCAGGGAAGGAGAAAUAUUACGUCAUGUCGAACGGAUCCUUGGUAGUUCAAGACGCCCAAAGUUUGGAUGAAGGGAACUACACCUGCAAGGCCAGCAGCAGUGCUGGACAGGACCAUAAGGUCACCAGGCUGGAAGUUUCUACCCCGUUCCAUGUAGCCGGUGGUGUGGGUGGAGCUGCUGACAUCAUCAAAGUGACUGCAGUUGAGGGUCAAUCGAAAGUGGUGGACUGUGCACCCUUUGGAAUUCCAGCGCCCCAUGUGUUGUGGAUUCUGCCAGGACAUGUGGUCCUUCCUGCACCGUACCACAGCGACGGACUGACGGUUCAUCCAAACGGCACCUUGGAAAUGCGUUCACUGAAGACGUCCGACUCGGGACAGCUGGUUUGUUUUGCUCGUAAGGAAGGUGGUGAGGUCAGGAUGGUGUUUAGCCUGGAUGUGAGGAAAGCUGCCAGGAUGACGCCAGCGAACGGUCCCAUGGCAGAGAGCAUACCUCUAACCCCGGGGAGUACCGUGUCUUUGAACUGCUCCUUUGACACUCUCACACUCCCACAGCUGACUUGGAUCUUACCUGACGGCACAGUUUUGCUCAGAGGUGCUCGUCUUUUCAAGUUUUUUCACCGGCAUGACGGCACUUUGGUCAUCAGCAAUCCAUCAGCUGCAGAGUCUGGUACAUACCGGUGUCUGGGCCAAAGUCCUGCCGGGCUCCUGGAGCGUGAGGUCACCCUGUCCCCAAGGAUGAAGCCAGAAAUCACCAGCAGGUACGAGUCCCCGGUCAGAGUCCUGACGGGGGACACACUGCUGCUCCACUGUCAGACCACCGGUGACCACGUCACACUGGUUUGGACCCUCCCCAGCGCCGUCAUGCUGAACAGGCUCCAGAGAGCGGGUCGGUACGCCGUUCUAGACAACGGCACACUCGCCAUCCGGCAGGUGUCUGUCCACGACCGGGGGCGUUACGUCUGCAGAGGUUCCAACCAGCACGGCAGCUCCCUGCUGUCCGUGUCAGUCAGCGUGAUCGGACACGCUCCGCGAAUCACCAGCGGCCCGCCCUCCGUGACGUACGCCAAACAGGGCGUGGCCGUGCAGCUGAACUGCGCUGCGACCGGGAUGCCCAAGUCGGAGGUGGCGUGGGAAACCCCCGAUAAGAUGCGGCUGGCUGUCAGCGCCCAACCCCGGCUGUUUGGAAACAAGUAUCUGCACCCUCAAGGCUCCCUGGUCAUCCAGAGCCCCACCCACAGGGACUCCGGCGUCUACCGCUGCACCGCCAGGAACAACCUGGGCUCCGACUCCAGAGCCACGUUUCUCAACGUGUUCUGAGGACCGGCGCUGCCAAGCAAAUGGAAAAGCUCCAUGGACAAAUGGGUUUGAUGUCUGCCACUGCAAAUGAUCCUGGGGGGUUUGGAACUCCUCCCCCACCCCUACCGAGCUGAUCAGCUAGAGGGACCAUAGACUUUUUUAAGUUAUUGAGGCUAAUAUUUAUCUUAAAAACCAGCAUUCUUCACCAUUUGGAUCUCAGGUUCUGGUUCUAUCAGAACUCUUUGGUUCUGUCUGUUUUCUGUUUUUUUUAUGUCGAUGACUCCAUGUUUCUAAUAAAGCUUUGUUAUUCCCAGA